GAAAAUGCCAUUGCCGUAUGAACCAUAUGAGCAUGCAUUGUGGACACUCGUUCGUGGACAUCUUCCUCGACCCCAAGCCUGCCACCAAUUACCAUACUAGCUCUAUCUGCGGCUCUCCUGCAGUAGUUACUCUCUUUCGUGGUCCCCUCUUUUCUGGCCUUCUUAACGGCUCUUCGCCAUUGGCAGACUCGGUAACCUCACCGCCUCUAACGUCUCUCUCAUCCCCAGCUCCUUUCACUGCAUUUUACAUCUUCGCCACCAUCCCUGAGACAUGCGACCAGUACUCUGCCUUCCUCUUCUCCUCCUUCCUCCACUCCAGAUACUCCUUGCACAACACCUUCUGCCUCAGAGCCCAGUUUAAAACCUUCGCAACCUCCUCAUUUUCUGCCCCUCCCGACACAGGCUCAUCAACUCCAACGCCACCACCACCACCUCCUCCUCCUCCGCCGCCUCCUUCUGCUUCAUCUACUGAUGGGUCAUCUUCCCAAGCUAGUGACGGUUCAGAUCCCACUAGUUUCAUAAUGACGAGUUUGUCGACUUUGACAUCUCUAAGUACACUCCUAAAAAUGUAUUAGAAUCAGGGUUAGGAAGCUGUCAGGGAUUAGGGUGAAGUGGACGAGCGUCUGUGGAGGGAAAGCCUAACCUGGUUGAUAUAGAGGAUAAAGGAGUUGAGUAGUUACAAAAGAUACGAAAUUGGACAAGUAUGCAGGAUGGGAGAAGAGGUUGAUGUGAAGUACGCAUGCAGAUUUUGUUGAGUGUAUGGGUCAAAGUACAGAUAAAAUAUGAGUAUGGACUCUGGUAAGAGCAAUGUCGAUGGAGUGAUUGAAUUGAUGGAAGCCAUGCAUUAAAUUGAGAAUGUCAAU